AUGCAGCUGUGUUUGUGGAGUGCAAGCGAGGAUCCCAGAAACCUCCGCUUUCCUGUCCAGCCUCCACCGAGAGGCCCCUGUUCUCAGGUUAAAUACUUGCACAGAGAUAAGCGCUACGGCCAGGCUCCCGCGCCCACCUUCUCUUCAGCCGGGGGAACGACGUCAGCCCCAGUGGCGCGACAGGAGACGGCACAGGGCGCCAACGCCGCGGCCUCGGCUUCCCCCACGCGCCGGGCCGGCCGGGAGCCGCGGGCUGGGCGGAGCGGGCGGCGCCGGCAUUGUGCGUCACCACCUGGGAGGGGCGAACUGACCGCUGACGCCAUCACCCCGGCACCUGCCAACAUGGAAGGUGGUGACGGCGGCGUCGCUGUAGCUGGCCAAGGGGCUCUGGGUUCUGGGGCGGCGACAGCGACAGUCCGGGAGCUUCUGCAGGACGAGUGUUACAGUGAUUUUUUAAAUGAAGACUUUGAUGUAAAGACUUAUACUUCCCAGUCAAUUCAUCAGGCUGUAAUUGCUGAACAACUAGCAAAACUUGCCCAAGGAAUCAGUCAGUUGGAUAAAGAACUACACCUGCAGGUUGUUGCAAGACAUGAAGAUUUACUAGCACAAGCAACUGGGAUUGAGUCUUUGGAAGGUGUUCUUCAGAUGAUGCAGACAAGAAUUGGAGCUUUACAGGGAGCUGUUGAUAGGAUGAAAGCAAAAAUCGUGGAACCAUACAAUAAGAUAGUAGCCAGGACUGCACAACUCACAAGACUUCAGGUUGCCUGUGAUUUGCUUCGGAGAAUAAUUCGCAUCUUAUAUCUCACUAAGAGACUCCAAGGACAACUGCAAGGGGGGAGUAGAGAGAUAACAAAAGCUGCUCAGAGUCUUAAUGAACUUGAUUAUCUUUCUCAAGGAAUAGAUCUUUCUGGAAUAGAAGUAAUAGAAAAUGAUCUACUUUUCAUUGCAAGAGCUCGACUUGAAGUGGAAAAUCAAGCUAAGCGCCUACUGGAACAGGGUGUAGAGACGCAGAAUCCAACCCAAGUCGGAACAGCUCUUCAGGUUUUCCAUAAUCUUGGAACUUUGAAGGAUACGAUUACCAGUGUUGUGGAUGGAUAUUGUGCUACUUUAGAAGAACAUAUCAACAGUGCGUUAGACAUCAAAGUUCUGACUCAGCCUUCGCAGUCAGCUGUGAGAGGGGGACCUGGACGAUCUACUAUGCCAACCCCAGGAAACACUGCAGCUUUUCGUGCUUCCCUCUGGACCAAUAUGGAGAAACUUAUAGAUCAUAUUUGUACUGUUUGUGGACAGGUACAACAUCUACAAAAAAUAUUAGCCAAGAAGAGAGAUCCUGUUUCUCAUAUUUGUUUCAUUGAAGAAAUAGUUAAGGAUGGACAAUCUGAAAUUUUGUACACUUUUUGGAAUUCAGUUACUCAAGCACUUUCUUCUCAAUUUCGCAUGGCAACAGAUUCUUCUAUGUUUUUGAAACAGGCAUUCGAAGGAGAAUACCCUAAAUUAUUACGUCUUUAUAAUGACUUAUGGAAGCGUCUUCAACAAUACAGCCAAAAUAUUCAAGGAAAGUUUAAUGCAAGUGGAACUACAGACCUCUAUGUUGACCUACAACACAUGGAAGAUGAUACACAAGACAUAUUCAUACCAAAAAAGCCAGAUUAUGACCCAGAAAAGGCUUUGAAAGACUCACUGCAACCCUAUGAAGCUGCUUAUUUAUCAAAAUCUUUAUCUCGACUCUUUGAUCCUAUCAACUUGGUUUUUCCCCCUGGUGGUCGCAAUCCUCCUUCCGCGGAUGAACUUGAAGGUAUCAUUAAAACUAUAGCAAGUGAACUAAAUGUAGCUGCUGUAGAUGCAGACCUCACAUUAGCCGUGUCAAAAAAUGUGGCAAAGACCGUCCAGUUAUAUGGUGUAAAAUCGGAGCAGCUUCUCUCCACACAAGGAGAUGCAAGCCAGGUGAUUGGGCCUCUUACAGAGGGGCAGAGAAGAAACGUGGCAGUCGUGAAUUCACUGUAUAAGUUGUACCAAUCGGUAACAAAGGUGGUUUCCAGUCAGAGCUCAUUCCCACCAGCAGCUGAGCAAACUAUAAUCUCAGCCCUAAAGACAAUCCAUGCUCUUAUGGGAAGCGCUGUACAGCCCUUGCUGACUUCAGUGGGAGAUGCCAUAGAGGCCAUAAUCAUCACUAUGCAUCAAGAAGAUUUUUCUGGGUCACUAUCCAGCUCAGGAAAGCCUGAUGGUCCUUGUUCUCUGUACAUGAAGGAGCUUCAGGGUUUCAUUGCCAGAGUUAUGAGUGACUACUUUAAACACUUUGAAUGCUUGGAUUUUGUCUUUGACAACACUGAAGCUAUCGCCCAAAGAGCAAUUGAACUUUUUAUUCGCAAUGCCAGUCUCAUAAGACCUCUUGGUGAAGGUGGGAAAGUACGACUUGCUGCUGAUUUUGCUCAGAUGGAGUUGGCUGUGGGUCCAUUCUGCAGAAGAGUAUCUGAUUUAGGAAAGUCCUAUCGAAUGCUGAGGUCAUUCAGACCCUUGCUCUUCCAGACGAGCGAACAUGUGGCCAGUAGCCCCGCCCUGGGGGACAUUAUUCCCUUCAGCAUCAUUAUUCAGUUUUUGUUUACCAGAGCACCCGCUGAGCUGAAAUCCCCUUUUCAGAGGGCAGAAUGGUCCCACGCACGCUUCUCCCAGUGGCUAGAUGACCAUCCAUCUGAAAAGGACCGGCUCCUCCUCAUCAGGGGAGCUCUGGAAGCUUAUGUUCAAUCAGUGAGAAGUAGAGAAGGCAAAGAAUUUGCACCAGUUUAUCCCAUAAUGGUUCAACUGCUUCAGAAAGCCAUGUCUACUCUUCAGUAACAAUGUGAAGUAGUUCUCAAUCUCCCUUUUGCACGAACCCAGCUCAAGGUUGGCAGUUAACCUAAGAAACACAUACUCUAAAAACCAGCUACCAUCCACUAUUUUGAGAACGUAAUCAGCCUCUCUGUACUUCCUGUUGAUCUGCUUACCUCUUGAGCCCCUUCUCCCUUAAGUAAAAUGUCAGAAUAGAUUCAUCACUACCUUCAAACUCCGUGGACCUGAUUUUUCCAGAAAGAUACCCAACUCUUUUUUUCUUUCAGGACAUUUUUUUCU